UGAAUAUGCAAGGCGGGCUGAGUCAAAGCUCCUGGGCGAGUUGGUGGAGUUCCCACAGCCCCGCGCUUUGGACUUUUUUUUUAUUUCCUAUUUUUCCUCCCCAAAGAGACAAACUCUAUUUUCUUAUGAAUGGAAAGUGAAAAAACCCGCUCCUCUUAAAUUGGGAUCCCCACUCGUGUAGACCCCCUGAAAGCACAAGGGGGGACCCGGGCAAUAUCGUUACCCUACAAAAAAGGCUGGAGGGAAGCGAAAAGCAAUGACCAUGACUAGUAUGCCAGAGAGCCUUAGUAGCCCGGUGUCAGGCAAGGCGGUGUUCAUGGAAUUCGGGCCUCCGAACCAGCAGAUGCCUCCUUCCCCCAUGUCUCACGGCCACUACUCCAUGCACUGCCUGCACUCCCAGCACGACACUUCGUACAGCGGCGCCUCGUCCUUCUCCAGAGCCCUGGGCUACCCAUAUGUCAACUCGGUGAGCAGCCAUUCCUCUAGCCCCUACAUCAGCACCGUGCAGUCCUACUCCAACAGCUCCAGCCUCAGCCAGAGCCGCUUAGAGGAGCCAGGGGCCGACACGGAGAAGAGUACUGUGGUCGAAGGCGGAGAGGUUCGAUUUAAUGGAAAGGGGAAAAAGAUCCGUAAGCCCAGGACUAUCUAUUCCAGCCUCCAACUCCAGGCUCUGAACAGGAGGUUCCAGCAAACCCAGUACUUGGCAUUGCCCGAGAGAGCCGAGCUGGCAGCUUCCUUGGGACUAACACAGACACAGGUGAAAAUUUGGUUCCAAAAUAAAAGGUCAAAAUUCAAGAAGCUGAUGAAACAGGGUGGAGCCGCGUUGGAGAGCACCGCCUUGGCAAAUGGCAGGUCCCUGUCUAGCACUUCCCCAUCAGUACCCCCUGUAUGGAACACCAACACCUCCUCUGGUAAGACUUCAUCUGGAACCCCAGGAGCUUACAUUCCAAGCUACACUUCCUGGUAUCCUUCAGCCCACCAAGAAGCUAUGCAGCAAUCUCAGUUGAUGUGAUGCCAUAGUGGCUUGGCACUCGCUAAAACUCCAUGAGAGGGUACAAGUGUCUAGAGGAUUGGAGCUAUCAGACUCUGCAUUCCUUGUAUGAUUCUAAAACACAACAAAACCACGUGAUCCGGGCUGGUACCCACACUGUGAGAUCAGCAGACUCUGCAUCUCCCCAUCCUCUCUGCCUGGCCCCAUAAAGAAGAGGAGCAACUGUACCUAGGGGGCACAAGGACCAAAACAUGUUUCUAGGGGCGGGGGAAUAACACUGACUUCUCAUGUCUGUCAUUGUCCUGGUUAUUUUCCAAACUUUGUUAAUUGUCAAAAAUAUAUUUUAAUUAUCUUCCUCAAAGGAACCGCUUUUCUUGGUUAGAUCAGUGUUCUCUCCCACGUGGGGGAUAAUUACUUUUUUUGGUGAGCCAGUCAAUUCUAAAAUAUGUAUUUAUUAUAAGGUAUGAGCAUAAUGGGUUAUUGUUAAGGAUGCUGGAUACAGGUCUUAUUGUUAAAAUGCACAAUUAAAAAAACACAGAAAAUGGAAUACACAUGAAAUAAAACAAUUUCCGAAAAAUAAUAUUCAAUAUAAUUUCCCCUGUUAAAAAUGAAGGUGUUUUGUUCAGUGUGUUAGAGUAUCUGGCAUGUAUAUUAGGCAGGCAUUCCCUGUCUUACUGUCACAGUUCUGCAGUUACAGUAAAACGUUCACCAUUACAUUGUUAGUUACAGUAAUACCUUCACUGUUACUGUGUUAGGGAAGGUAAUACUCAGUUACAGUAUUAGUUACAGUAAUACUUUCACUGUUACUGUGUUGGGGAAAGUAAUACUCAGUUACAGUAUUAGUUACAGUAAUACUUUCACUGUUACUGUGUUGGGAAAAGUAAUACUCAGUUACAGUGUUAGUUACAGUAAUACUUUCAUUGUUACUGUGUUGGGGAAAGUAAUACCCAGUUACAGUGUUAGUUACAGUAAUACUUUCACUGUUACUGUGUUGGGAAAAGUAAUAGUUAUAGUGUCAGUUACAGUAAUAUCUUCACUGUUACUGUGUUGGGGAAAGUAAUACUCAGUUAUAGUGUGAGUUACAGUAAUACCUUCACUGUUACUGUGUUGGGGAAAGUAAUACUCAGUUAUAGUAAUAUCUUCGCUGUUACUCUGUUGGUUACAGUAACAGUUAUGUUAUGUACAUCGAUUCUGUCCCUAAAGGAGACUGUUCCUUAGCAGAUAGAUUCCAAUAGCUCAGGGCUUACUAUCUGUUAGAUAUUCUAGUAUAUACAGUACAUCAAAGGUGUAUUCCCGGUUCUUGUCUGCUAAAAUGGGUGGUUCAACACAGUUGGGGGUUACAACACCCCGAUAUAUGGAAUUUAUUUCAAGUGUUGGUCCCUGCGUUCCAACAGUACGAAUGAGCCCUCAUGUCUUUAAAUUCAGCCGUGCAAGGCCUUGGCUUUAGACAGUUGUCCAUUUAAGUCUGAUGCCAUUCCAUAAAUGCCAGAACUUGAAGUAUGUCCUGUCCUUGCCUUUGCUAAACCCUUUAUGUACCGGGAAGGAGAGAAGCUAAGCUAAGCUACCUGGGCUCAAACUAUAAAUGUACAUAUUAUUAAUAUCGUUCUGUAAACAUGUUGCACAGGUUUUAGCCCCAUUUCUGUUUUGUGUUCCUGUAACCAUGAUUCUUGACAUCUUUGUGAAGAGACAAAAAAAUAAUAAUAUGAAAAUGAUGUGUUUUCCUCCAAUCAAUUGUGUUUAGUGUUUCUUCUAUGUCAGAAGUUUAGUUUUAUAUUGAGAACGUUAACUUAUUGCUUUGUAUCUCACGGAAAAAAAUAACUUUGUAAAUUAAGUUAUAAAGUUUGCUUAAAGCCAGUAAAAUAUGGUUUUGAAAAAUA